GUGCCUCGGAUCAGGAUUCAGAAUCAGGCCCGGGGUUGCAUGCAGUAACAGAUUCAGAAUGCAUCACGUACUGUAGACUGGCCCAUCAUAGCCGAACACCUUAAAUACACCCAGUUCCCUGCCUUCUGGUUCCCCGUCGAUCGAUUAUCUUGCAACUUGUCUCGUGCACUGCGAUGCUUGCAGAAGAUUACUCUCAUCAGUUUUUCGAUGACGAAAGUCAACACUCUUUGGAAUCGCACCAGUCAAAGAAGAACACCCUCUUGAAGUCUCACGGAAGACCUCCUUGGUACGGGGAAAACGGCCUACCCAUUUGCGAUGCAUUCGUAAUCGGGAUAGCUGGUGGAUCAGCAAGUGGGAAGACACAUGUUGCUCGGCAAAUCGUUCGUUCAUUGGGCUCAGUACCGACUGUCGUUAUCCUAUCCCAGGACAGCUUUUACAAGCGACAUACCGCAGAAGAGGUUGCGCUGGCGCAUGCGAAUCGAUUCGACUUUGACCACCCGGAUGCCAUUGACAUGCCAAUGUUUGCUGCUUGUCUCGCGGACUUGAAGGCGUGUCAGCAGACCAAUAUUCCUGUUUACUCGUUUGCCGAACAUCAGCGGUUAGACGAAGCGAAGUAUUUGUAUGGUGCAGCUAUCAUAAUAACGGAAGGUAUAAUGGCUUUGCAUCAUCCAGACUUACGCUCUUUAUAUGAUCUCAAGGUAUUUGUGCAAUGUGACUCAGAUUUGAUGCUCGCCCGGAGAAUACAACGGGACGUCAAGGAACGUGGAAGAAGUGUUGAUGGGGUCAUCGAGCAAUAUCUUCGCUAUGUUAAGCCCGCGUUCGAUAACUUCGUUUUGCCAACCGCUCGCCAUGCAGACAUUGUCGUUCCAGGGUCAAACAACGCUGUUGCCAUUGAUUUGAUAACGACCCACAUUCGACGUCAAAUGACAGAACGCGCGAGACACUUUCGGAAACACAUGGUUUCUCAAUCAGUUGGGUGUUGCUUGAACACGUCAGACGGUAACCCGGUGUCCAAGAACCUUAUAGUGCUCCCGCAAACACCACAGCUAAAGGGUAUAUACACCAUUCUUCGUGAUGGGGCAUCGAACCGCCAGGACUUUAUAUUCUUCGUAGACCGACUGGCAACGUUCUUGAUCGAGAAAGCGAUGGAACAUCUUCCUCACAGACCUAAGACGGUUACGACCCCAAUAGGAAUAGAUUGCACCGGCAAGGAACUUGACGUCAAGAACAUCUGCGGUGUCUCCAUCAUACGCUCAGGUGGACCUCUAACGAAAGGAUUGCAGCGCGUUCUUAGUGACGUUGCAAUUGGCUCCCUUCUGGUGCAAUCAGACGCUAAUACUGGAGAGCCACUACUUCUACAUGUGAUGCUCCCCAAAUGCCUGCGAGAACGACAUCUAGCCGUCGAUGCAUGGGUAUUUUUGCUAGAUGCUCAAAUAGGCACCGCUGCCUCAGCAUUCAUGGCGAUUCGGACACUAUUAGAUCAUGGGGUCCAGCAAGAUCACAUCAUCUUUGUAACUUUCCUCAUUGCCCGCACUGGUGGUGUCACUGUACUUCAGCGGGCCUUUCCAGAGGUCAAGAUUGUGACUGGUGCCGUCGAUGAAGGUCUCCGUGAAGCAUGGCUUGAACAUUACAAUGAAAAAGGCGAGGGCCAGAGCGAAGGGGAGGGGAGGAGAGUCUGGAUCGUAGAGCCUGGUAUGGGUCAAAUUGGUGACAGAUACUACCUCUGAUUUUGGAACACUUAAUUCCGCUAAAUUUGGGAUUUACAUACACCAUAACCUGCUACUACCAAUUACUAGUGCUCGAACUUUUAAAUUGGGGCCACGACUUGGUCAAUUGCAACGGCCGUAUUCGUUCACCAAUAUACAAUUAAUUAUACUCAUCAUCAUAAAGCCGA